CUCUUAAGUAUUGAUUUCUAGCUUUGACAUAGUCGACCUAGUGCUUGAAAUCCCAUGUAUGCACCGGUGCGGCAGCGCCCUCCCUAUGCCCCGACUUGUCCUGGGCAUUUCGUUCUAUGGCUCAACAUCUUCAGACUCCAACUAUUUGAUUAGCCAUGUAAUCCUUCUGUCCACCCUACUCAACCAUCAGAGAUAUCACUUCCAUGCCCAAACGCGGGAUUUCAAAGAAUACUUUGAGGCCAAGCAAAAUCUCUCGCCUGAGUCGCCUUUGAGCCCACCUCUUGUUUGCACCAAUCACGCAUACAGCGUCGGGGUUUCCCAGAACAAGCAGACAACGACUUUUCAAUCAGACCGCUUCGCUGCGGCAGGGAUGUGCUUGCAGCUUCUCGUGGGCAUGAUAAAUCUUCUUCAUGAGAGGGUCGUUGGGGUAGCUGAGCUUAGCAGUCAGAACUUAGCACGGCCCGCAGCCUGCGGGGGCGGCCCGCAGCCAGAACCGGGGGCAUACUCACCAGGGGUCUUUUGUACGAACAUGAAGACUUUCAACUUUACUCUAAUGAAGGAGCCCGCACCCGAGGCAUCCUCUGCAAAUUACAACUCGGGCCCCGAAGGAGCCAGAUUUCAAAUUUGA